AUGCCUGCUAAUUGCUCAUUCUGCCUCGAGCCUACCAAUACCUUCAUCCCCGUUUCCGACACCGAAUCGGUCUGUCAUGGUUGCGUCGACGACUACAUCGUCCCUCAAUUCCACCAGGCGCUCGACCACGAGGUGAACUAUCCCGUCCUUGUCGGCUCCACCAGAGUCGAGCCAGACCGGUUCAUUGAUUGGCUAGGCAGCACCUUCAUCCAGCGAUGGGCUCGUCGGAAGGAGGAGUUUGGGUGCAACGAUCGAAUCUACUGCCCGCACACCAUUGAGAAGGCUCAAGAACUUCCUGUUGGUGAGGUCACCCACAUCCCUUUGGCACUUUCUGACUCGCAACAAGCAGAUUGCCUCUCGCAGAACGUCCCAACCACACCCUGUGGAGGCUUCGUCGCCAAGAAGACUGACGAGGUUGCAGUCACAGCUUGCAAAAGAUGCUGGGGAUACGUCGCUACUUGUUGUGGUGCCGCCGUUUGGAGUGGAUCGUCUAUCCACAACUGCAAGCUCGAGGACUCUGACCCGCUGGCGGGCCAGAUCCGGGGCAAGCACUACCAGAUUUGUCCUUCAUGCACUCGAAAGUAUCAGCUAUCAAGCGGAUGCAAUCACAUGCAGUGCCCUUGUGGCGGCCAGUUUUGCUAUGUCUGUGGCAAGCCGGCAACCUCCACGAGCGGUCAUUGGAAUACUGGAUCGACUUGUCCGCGCUGGAAUCACCCCGAUAGCGACAAUGCCCAAUUCGACGCCCCUCUGAACGACGAUUUCCUCGAGGAGAACUUCGGCGGCGAGAAUGGCUUGCCGUUCGCGCGAUUGUUAAUCACCGACGACGGGUUCGAUGAAGAGAUCAUUGUCGGCUUCGCUCACUUCCAGCAGACCACUCGAGAGCACCUGGAUCGCCUUGCCGAGGAAGGCGAAAGCACACCUGAAUAUCCUCUGUUCCUCACCGAGGUCCUUCGUCCCGAUAUGGAAGCUGGCUUUGAUCUCCGACGGCCAAACUCGUCUCUCACUCAACUCGCUCCUUCGGGAAUCUUUAAUAUACACAACGAGCCCAAUUUUCACCUGGAGCUUGACCUGGUUAAGAUGGACAUUGAGUUCUUCUUCGAUACGAGAGCCGAGCUCUUGAACGAAAUUGUCGAGGCUAUGAUGCCUCGUCCACGACACGUAGGUCCAACCCCCGACGAAGACAUCGUAAUCAACAUUACCCCUAACCUGGGCAUGCCCGGCCGGCCAGCCAUGCGCCAUGAGCACAUGUUCUCCGUUGAGCUGCACCUGAUUGUUCGAUUUCUGCGCAUCUGGCUCAUGAGUCAAGACCGGGACCUGCCUGUCACCGGCCCGCUACUUCCCAUGGCCGAAGUCAUGCUCAUCACUUUCUCCGGUGAAUACCGGUUCGAUCAAGUAGCCCGCAUCGACAAUGUGUACUUUGAGCCUGUCGAGCAGAAUGAUGAGCGAGACGUGGAACAGGUCCGAGAAACCAAUGCUUUUCUCGAUGCGUUGAACGACGAGCUGUACAUGCACGCUGACCAGCUUGUGCGUGAUAUUCUGAGACGCUUCCACAACCCGGAUUGGACGAUCGGGGAUGAAGAGAUGGAUCUCAGCGACUGA